CUUGAGAGGCAAGUAGAGGCUUGCUAUUCUCCCGCCCUUCUUGAAAUGGAGGCAAGGAAGAUUUGGCGAAGGUGCUAAAAGGUUUCCAAUUGUUGGCUUCCAGGAGAAGUUACUGGGUGCCAUGGAGUAACUUCAGGAUUUGUACUAUAGAUAGCUACUUCACUGCCACAAUGACAACUUUUACUUCAACACAAUAUAUGCCAUCUGAGAAUGCCUGCAGAACAUCAUUUGGGCAAAUUAAACAGGUACAGCCAAAACUGCCACUCCUGAAGAUUCUGCGAACUGCAGGUGCUCAGGGUGAAACUUUCACACUAAAGGAGAUUCUACAUUACCUUGGAGAAUAUAUCAUUCUGAAGCAGUUAUAUGACAAGCAGCAACAGCAUAUCGUGUAUUGUCGAGGAGACCAGUUGGGGGAUCUUCUAGGUCUUGACAGUUUCUCAGUGAAAGAUCCAAGCCCAGUUUUUGACAUGCUGAAACGGAAUGUGACUUCUGCUACUGUUACAGAUGCUGCACAGACUCAUGCUCUCGCAAAGGAUCAAAGCGUGGAUAAUCCAAGCCAAGAUCACCUGAAGAGUAGUACAGAGAGAGCUUGCAGCGCUGGACAAUCAGCCAUGUCUGACUCCAAAAACACAUGCGAAGAAGAUAAAGAGAACCUUUCAGAAAAACAGCACACAUUAGAUCUAGUGCUUGAAGAAUGGGAUAUAGCUGGUCUUCCAUGGUGGUUUUUAGGUAAUCUGAGAAACAAUUACAAGUCCAGAAGUAAUGGCUCAACAGAUAUACAGACUAAUCAGGAUAUAGACACUGCUGUUGUUUCAGAUACUACUGAUGACUUAUGGUUUCUCAGUGAAUCUGCUUCUGAUCAGAUAGGAAUCACAGUACCAACAAAAAGAGUUGACUGUGAACAAGCGAAUGAAGAGGGAGAAGAGGGUAGCAAAUUGGCAAGUGAAAUUGCAUCUUCUGAUGACUUUGAAGAUUCACAGUCUUUAAGCGAUGAUACAGACAUAGAUACUCCCUCCACGGACUGUUGGCAGUGCACCAAAUGCAAGAAGUUUAACUCUCCCAUCAAACGGUACUGUUUCCGUUGCUGGGCCUUACGGAAAGAUUGGUUCUCUGACUGCCCCAAGCUGGUUCACUCUCUCUCCACAUCCAAUAUUGCCACCAUGCAAAGUAAAGAAGACACAGAAGGGAUGGAUGUCCCAGACUGCCGAAGGACAGUCUCUGCCCCAAUUGUACGACCCAAAGAUCUGUGCAGAGCAGAAGUUAAACCUGACCAAGGCCCUAGAAGCUCCGCAGGCUCCAUGCAUCUGGCACAAGGGUGUGAAGUCGAACAGUCAUUACUUCAGUUUAGCAAGUGCAAACAAAAGGAAGAGGAGGAACUCCAGUCCCUUGAGAGUAGCAAAGAAUUGCUGAAGCCUUGCCUGGUGUGUCAGAGGAGGCCACGGAAUGGGAACAUUGUCCAUGGAAGGACUGCUCAUCUAGUGGCCUGUUUUACUUGUGCAAAAAUGUUAAAGAAGGGACGAUUGCCUUGCCCAGUGUGCAAGAAACAGAUUCAGAUGGUGAUCAAAAUUUUCAUAGCAUAACUCUCUCACUUGAUGGUAAUAAUAGUGGCCAGUCCGUGAACAACUGCCAAAGGGUGCUGUUAUAUUUUUAGGUAUAAAUGUUAACUGUGAAUUCAAAAAGAGACUUCUUCAAGGUAUUUCAUAAUUUAUGCAAAACAGCCAGUGUUCCUAACAAUGUAUACAAAGUGAUAACUACCAUAUAGUUUGGUUUAUGUUGAAAAGGCUUGUAUGUGACGUAUCUGAUCAAACUGUUUGUGCUAUUACUCCUCAGCUUAACAAUGCAACAAGUUGCAGUGCUCAGUUAUGUAGAAUUGUGCCCUUUCUAAAGUCCAGGGCUUGUUUGCACAACUACACCAAACCUUUUUGAAGGAGGCACCUUAAUUUCAAAGAGGAUAUAAGUUGGAUGUUUAUUUAAACAGCAUACUUUGCACACCCUUAAAUAGCAAAAGGCUGAAUGUGGCUAUCUGUUUAUGUUGGUCAGUUCUUGGAAAGGUCAUCCUGAAUUUUGAAUUUGUUACUGUUCCAGGGUUUUUAAAAGACUAAGUUGAUGCUUGGUCAGAAAUCCUGCUUUUCUUCCAUUUCCUUUAUAAAAUAAAACAAAAAAACAAAUAUAGUUGCUGAAUGCUAGCAGAGUUUUAGUCUGAAGAGUACUGCAGUCCUUGUAGGAAAGACCAUGCAUUUUCCAUUUAUUGUUGAAAAGGCAAUCAUUGUUAACUUUGGCUUUUUAGAAAAUCUACCUGGAGAGAGCAUCUCUUUGAGAGUUCAAGGUUUUUCAGGACCUUUGCUGUUUUGUUGGUUUAUUGGUUUAAAUACUGUCAUUUCCCACUGUAAAUUGCAUGCAUUCAUGUUGAAUAUUGUAUCUGAACUUCAGGUUAUAAGCUGUACCUUGAUGUGAAUUGUGGAGCUGUCUUUCAGCCCCAAACCCUAUUCAGAUAUUAUUCUCCAUAGAUCAUACUUGUGAUUAGGAUCACGCUUUCCUCCUGUUCAUGCAA